AUGUCUCAUAAAACGCUAAUUGAUUUCGUCGUUAGAUAUCACUCUCCUCGCUUGCUGAACAAUGUAGUAUUCUUUCCUAGUAUUGGAAAUUCAUUUUUGGGAAGAAGAAUAGUUUUUCCUGCAGUAUCCACAUUAUCACCAAAACUUCAGUCAACCAAAAGUUUUACUACCAGUGCUAUAAACUUUUCAGGUAUCCCUUUAACACCUGAACCAAAUAAGUUUGAGGGUAAAUUUCAACUCAUGUAUACAUGUAAAAAAUGUAAUACAAGAAAUGCAAAAUUUAUUACAAAGCUGGCAUAUUAUAAAGGUGUUGUAAUAGUGAACUGUGAUGGUUGUGAAAACAGGCACCUCAUUGCUGAUAACCUAAAUUGGUUUUCCGACAUGAAUGGCAAGAAGAAUAUUGAAGACAUAAUGGCUGAGAAAGGUGAAACAGUACAGAAAAUUAUGUCUGAAGACCUUGAAUUUAUAGCAAAGGAAAUUGCUCAAAGUGUAGAUAAACCAGAACUUAUAGGGUAA